AUGGAUAGAAAAAAGAAAAAUGAAGAUGACCAAGAUGUGAUAGAUUUUAUGGAGCUAGUAGAAGAAAAUUUAGCAAAUAAUGAGAAAAGCAAAAUAGAAGCAUGUGAAGAUUUAACAUCAAAUGACUUAUUUGAAAAUAAACCUUUACAAGAUAAUGAAAUUAACUCAUCUAAUGCUGAGGAAGAAGAUAAUAGUUCUAUGCAAGAAUUUAAGAAAUCUGAAAAUAUAAACAAAGAACUGAAUAACCUCAACGAAAAAAUUGAAAAAAUGGCAUGUGAUAUUGUAGAAACUAAGGAACUAGAGACUGAUAAAGAACCUUUACCAAGUAAAAUACAACAAGACCAAGAAAAUACUAUUUAUAAUGAGUCUAGUAAGCAAUUAGAGAAUGCUUCUUUUGAUAAGAUCAAUUUAAUUCAUUCGGAAUCUUUGACUAAUGAAUUUCAAAACAAUAGAAAAAAUUCUACAAAACAAGCCAAUAAUACAAACCUACAACCCUAUAAACCUGAUAGUCAUGCACUUGUAAAACAUUCUAACCUAUUAGGAGAUGUUGAUGAAAAUAGUAUUAAAAUUAAAAAAUAUCCUGGAUAUUUAUAUAUUAACAUUUAUGCAAUAGAAAAGUAUAUUUCAUCAAACACUGACGUACAAAGUAUUUUUAUUCAAAUGAAGACAAAAGAUUUUACAUAUGAGACAGAUGACUAUGCAGAAGAUGUUAAUAUAAAGAUAAAUAGCAUGUUUAACAUAAAGAUUAAUUCUUUUGAUACUAUCGACAUGAAAUUUAUAUUAAACAAACGAACAGAAAAAAAGGUGAUAAAGUCUAGUGAAUGUUGCGUCACGAUAGAUAAAUCUUUUAUUAAUAAGUUACACAAUACUUUGUAUGAAGUAAAUUAUGAAUGGUCUCCAUAUUCAUCAAAUGGUUUUUUUAGAAAUAUUAUAAAUUUCUUUUCAAAUGAAAUGGCAGAUGCACUCAACUUAAAGCUAUUUUUUUCAUUUAUUAGUGAAGAAGAAUUAAAGCUUAUAAAUUUAUCGGUACCUAAUACACUUUACAACUUAGGUAAAUGGCUUAAAAUUCGUAAAUACGCUUAUAAUACGUGGUUUUCUGGUUUCUGUAAUAUUAGAGGAUUUAAUAUAAAAAUUUGCACGCAUUUAUGGAAGAGAAGAUUCAUAAAAGUUCAUGGUUAUAAAGUAUUGAUUUUUAAUGAGCAUACAAAACAUUUAUUAGGCGCGUUUGAUUUACUACUUACAAUGACAAAUAACAGAGAAAUAAUUGAUGAAGAUAAUAAAUUUAAGAUAAUUAAUGAUAACACAAUGAUAGAAUUUCACUUUGAUUGUAAUGAAAAAUAUUUUUCGUUUAGGCGGGUUAUGCAAGCAUUAUUAUAA